UGUCACUCACGUCCAUGCAGCCACACAACUGCACCGCACACACAGUUGCAUUCCCACUGUGUCUUCUGUGUUCCAAGCACAAGGCUGGCACGCUGCUCUGCUCUCCCCGACUCUCUGCAGGCCGGAUCAAAGACCUGAACAAUAUCCCCUAACCUACUGCAGCCUUGUCACCUUUUUCCUGGGGAUUUAUUGGGUUUUUAAUUGCCGAAAACUCAUCGGCUGUUUUGGUUUUAUAGAGUGAACAGAACAGAGACGCUCUUCCGUGCGUGGAUUUGCGGUUUAAAAGGAGCUGUACAAGUUUUCCAACAUGGCACCCGUGAAAGGUUGGAUGGUGGGGCUCCUGCUGGUGCUCCUGUGUCCAUCACAGCUCCCACUGUCUGGGUUGGUUAGCGCCCAGGAGGUGGCCGAAGCAGAGGAGGUCCACGUCAGAGAUGCUGAGGAGAUGGUGGCCGAAGAGGGUGAAACCGCCGAGGGAGGUGAUGGCACAGAGGAGGAAGUAGCGGAGGAGGAAGCUGAUGAAGAAUCGGAUGAUGGGGCAGAAGAGGAAGAGGAGGAAGACGAGGCAGCUGAAGAGGAGGAGGACGAAGCUGAGGAGGAAGAGGAUGCUGAGGAGGAGGCAGAGGCAGAAGAAGAGGAGGAUGAGGAGGAAACAGAGGAAGAAGAAGCAGCAAAGGAGGAAGAGGAGGAGGCAGCAGAGGAGGAAGAGGAGGAAGCUGGUGAUGAUGAAGCAGAGGAUGAGGAGGCUGAUGAGGAUGAUGAAGACGAGGAGGAAGAGGCUGGUGAUGAUGAUGAAAAUGAGGAAGAAGAGGCUGCUGACGAUGAUGAAGACGAGGAGGAAGAAGCUGGUGAUGAUGAUGAUGAUGAUGAAAAUGAGGAGGAAGAGGCUGAGGAUGAGGAGGCUGGUGAUGAUGAAGCAGAAGACGAAGAUGAGGAGGCUGGUGAUGAUGAAGCAGAAGACGAGGAUGAUGAGGAGGAGGAGGAGGAGGAAGCAGAUGAGGAUGAUGGCGAAGCUUCUGAAGGAGAAGAGGUAGCUGAGGAAGAGGAGGCCGGCGAUGCUGAGGAAGAGGAAGCAGAGGAAGAGGAUGAUGAGGCUAAAGUUGAAGACACAAAUGAAGAGGAGGCAGCGACUGAAGUGCUGCAGUUCCACUCUGGGUCGGUGUGUGGUGUUUGCUCCAUCUGUGAGCAUUGCUCUAAAAACUGUGACAACUGCCCCUGUGAGGAGGGAGACGAGUCCGAUCACUGUGAGAGCUGCCAAAGCUGCUCAUCCUGCUACAUUUGCCCCAUACUGUGUGAUACAAUUUGCACACCAGGCGGCCUCGUUGAUGAGCUGACUGGGUCCCUCUUUCAGACCUUUGCCUCUCUGCUCUGAACACCCUGACAUGUUGUCCUUUUAGUUUAGUUCCUGCCCUCAGGACCGAUGCUGUCCGGCUGCUCGUACCUCACCAGCAAAAUGAGGAUUUAACACCCAGCAAGAGCUUGUCGUGAAUCGUACAGCUGACAGGAAAAAACAACAUUCAUGUUUUAAUUAAUGUUUAGUUAAGAUUUGUAACCUGAACUAAAAAAAAAAAGUCAGUGUGCAGACUUUUUCCUUAAUGUGGCUCUUUUUUUUUGUAGAAUUAAUAUUGUGGAGCAACUUUAGUUGUUUAUAGUCAUGUCUUAGUGGCAGGAAUCUGUAUGAGAAAGAUGAACAUGAUUGCCACUCAUGCAAAUUUCUCAGACCAUGUCCUUUAAGUACAAUUACACACACACACGCACACACACGCACACACACACACACACACACACACACACACACACACACACGUUAAUACAGAAACAUUGCACACAGUGUUCCUAAUAGUUAUCUGAUAAUAAAUUUAGUUCUUUCUGUAGAAA